AUGACGUCUAUACUAUGUUUGGCGCACUACUGCGACUUGCAUGGACCAACACCUCUCAUGGUCACUGAAGGUUUACCUGUGCCAUGCAAACAAUGUUGUGAUGAUAAUACCGAAUCAGCGCGACCACAUACCAGCACUGCUGGGCAUGGCCAACAUGCAACCGUUACCGAAAGCCUCCGGAAGAUGACACUUGGGUCUCCACGCAGUUCGUCCACCUCUGUAACCGACCAAGAAGCUCAGGCGCAUCGCGCAUCGCUACUUCGAACGUCAAAAUUGGGUCCUGGUACUACGGCUCAGUCCGUUACGCCAGCACCUCUCAACUCAGCCUCGGCUGUUCAGACUCCACCGCAAAGUCCUCGAAAUGCGCCAGAAAACUUCCCCGAGACUAACGGCAAGGGUGGCUUACGGCGCGACUCGAGCUUUCGUAAAACCUAUGACGACUACGUCACCAGACGGGCGAACCCGUGUGACAAUUGUGCCCUCACCCUUCCUAAGCGACAAAAUUCGAAAACUGGAAAGGAAGAAAAAGCAAAUACUGCGACAGAUGCCAAAUUAGAUCAACGCGGUCCAGUAUUGCGUACACGCGCACCAUACGCUCGUGUUUACGGGGGGAGUAGCGAGUUCAGCCCACCAAACUCGAAUCCACAUUCCUCGUAUACUUCUGAUGCAGAAGACGAUGUUCUACCCAGAGAUAAUAGCAAGCGCCCAAGCUCUCAGCAACGGCCUACCACCUCAACUUCGCAUUCAAGUGUUUCGUCUAAAUCCAGCGUGACACAGCACACGCACUACCUUGAUUAUACAUCCGCUCAUGAGCCGGUAGCCCCAACUACGUACUCCAUAGUUCGUGCAUCUUGCCUACGAACGCUCUCGUUUGAAACCCUCCCUCGACGCCCUGAGACUACACAGCAAAUUCCGUCUCUCUCAUCGCCAUUGCCACAAUUCACAUCUCUGCCAAUGAAUCAUGGUCCAGGCUACAUCGCCGCGCCACCAAAUCCCCAAUCUGCUGCCAAUGGCGGCCCGAUAUUCUUUGGUGAUCCCUUGGCAGGCUAUACGACGGCAUACAUAUUCCGUAUUCCGGAUGUGCAUGCACGUGGUCGCAAAAGAGUCUAUGCGUUCUUAGCGCUUAGUACGCACCGUGAACGUCUCGCCAUGAAGACUUUCAGUUUCAUAUCAGCUGCAUUCCGCGAUCUAGCAAACUGGAUUCAAGAGUUGGCUGAGGCCGAAGCCGAGAGAGAGCGCGAACGGGAGGAAGCUAGCAGCCCAAUUGCUGCGAUCAACGCUGCGUAUAGCCGCGGUGGAUUCGGUGGCGACGGCCCACGUGACAGUGGCAUAGGACUAAACCUUGGGGGCGGGUUUAGUGUAGCAAACUUGGACCGCGAACGUGAAAGAGAUAGGGCCAACGAUUCAACUAGUUUCUUAACUGGUGGUGGCCGCAUCGGCUUAACGCAACGCAUGGGCGGAACUAUGGGUCCUGGGGGAUUUGCGCCAAAAGCCCGCGGGCUCGCAGAGCUCGUCGGCCUCCCCGACUUCUUCAUUGAGCUCCAUUCUCGUUUUGUACAGCUCUUGCUGGAGCUGGGCGUGGUGCUAUCCUCCUGA